GUGCGGGGAAGUCUUUUGGAGAAUCUGUAGUUAGCAAAUUAGCUUGAUAACAUUGUAAAAUGAGUCAUUAUCGAACACUUCUGUGGGAUAUUUCAAAUCAUUUAACAGCUGAAGAUCUUACCUCGCUUAAAUAUCUUUGCAAAGAAAUUAUUCCGGCCGGAAGAGCAGAGAAAAUUACUAGUGCACUCGAGUUCUUCUCAGAGCUUGAACGUCGGAAGCUGCUAUCGGACGAAAAUCGACACUUUUUGGCUUCAAUGCUCAAUACUAUCAAUAGAGAUGGCUUGGGGAAUAGACUUUUAGAGAUUCAAGGUAAGGAUAUUUACUUUCUUGGGUUGGUUUAUUGUACAAUGCUCUUUUUUAUGUGUUAUUUUGAGGUGAAGACGUAAAAUAGAAAGUUGCAAUCAGUCCGUGGAUGUGACUAAGCCAAUUUUACGGACGGUAGUAAAAAUGUGAAACUAACUUUAAAUACAUCGCUUUGCUACGUAAAGAGUAAGAUUCAUUGCUUUUAAUCUUCUGUCUUUCUAUACGUAUGAGUUUAAGAGCUUGGUUGGAAAAUAUAACAUCGGUUUGAUUGGAAAAUCAACUUCCGCCCGCGGAACUACUGCUUAGCCGCCUCUUCAUGUCUCAAAUACUGGGCCGGGUUGUUCAAAGCUGGGUUAAGAUAACCCAGGGUUAGUGUGAAAUCCGAUUUCAGAUCUAAAAGCUUUACAAGAAAAUUCAGUCGAAUUCUUUUUGUUUAGAGUAUGACUACUUGAUGCUUUAAAAAGGACACUGAAAAUUUUCCCAAAAAGGCUUUUGAGUAAAGGAAUAAAGAAACGCAGAUUAAAAUUUAACCCUGGGUUAGCGCUAAUCGGCCUUCGAACAACUGGGCCCUGAUCUUUAAUUCACGGCCCACGUAGCAUCCGAGUUGUUUUACACACAAAUCUGAUAUGUAAGAUAUACUAGGGGCUUCAAAAUUCUACUGUUAAGGCUGAUAAGAGGCCAAAGUUGUAAAAGGGUCUGAGAGUAUGCAUGGUGUCACAGGUCAGCCAAAUAUAGUUCUUCUCCAGCCACAUGAUAGCUAAUCACUCUUUUUAUUUACCAGUAUCACAGAUAAUCAAAACUAUAACAAAACUCUCGAACAUGACUGGUUAUCAUCAGCCCAAUUUGAGCACUAGUAGAACAAUGUACAUGUCCUACUUGUAACUGGACAGCGUAAUAGGACAGUUGCUGAGAUGUUUCUCCCAGGUGAUAACAACUGGCCAGCUCCCCCAGAAAAAAUUUAAAUGGAGGAGCUUGGAAAUGUAAUUUUCAGAAUUUUGGGCAUUGAAAAGAGUUCUUGUAGGCUAUUCAGAUGGAGGUGAAAGGUCUUAUAGGCAGCAGUAGACUACCAGUAAUAUUGGCUUUUAUUGAUACCCUUGGCUGUAAAAUAGCUAAAGCUGGCAACACGAUUGACAAUUUUAUACACCAGUGGCAGUGAUCAGCAAAAAUUGCCAGGUGUGCCUGGAUUGUGCCCAUCUGUGAUUUCUUCUGAUCGCUACAAUUGGCAUAUAAAAUGGUUGGAAGAAAGAAAAACUGGUGAUGCAACCAUGAAAACAUCACCGAAAGGCCUUGAGCUUAUAGAAAGACAAGAUUUGUCUGAAAGAGUGAGAGGUAUUAUAUUAAAAGAAAGCUCCACUGAUGGAACAAAGUAUCAAUGAAUUAUAAAAAGGAACUUUUUAAUUAAAAUUUGAUGACAAACUUGUAUGAAAAAAAAAUUGAAACAGAUAUCAGCUAUUUUGGAACUGGAGUUUUGUGUGUACUGACAUGUUGGAACAUCUAAUGCUUUGAUGUUGCCACUGCUAUGUGCAUUAUCCCCUACAGACUCCUACAAUGAAAAGGCUAAUAAUUUGAUGAAAAAAGUGGUAACCACAGAGCAUCAUAUGAUCCAGAAUGUCUUUUUUCCAUAAUCUCCAUUAUCAUGCAGUAACUAAGGUUUUUCUUGAUCAAUCAGAGGAAGCUUCUUGUAAUGAUCAUCAUUCAGUGAUAUUAUUUGGCCCUUAACAAAAAAUUAGAUGAGAAAAAAAACCAGGCAUAGGCUGUAUACAAUCAUGUGACCAAGACAAUGCAAAGCUGUACAGCCCUGUAGCCAUGAGUUAAAAGAAGAAAGGGAAAAAAAGGGAAGAUGAAUGGUCUUAUGAUAAAAUUCUUCUAGACUGAAUUAGGUAGGGCUACAGGGGAAAAUAUCUGGUUCUUAAUCCUCAGGCAUGGCCUUAUUCACUGUACAUCUCAACCUCAAGAGUUAAAGGGUCAAACUACUCCUUAAUGACCACAGCUUGUCAUAAAUAUUUUGUAAUAAAUCAAUGGAAAUGUUUGGUACCUCAUUUUAUUAAAUAUACAUUGUGGUGAGGUGAAAUUUUGCACUUGGUUAGCGUGUAUGUGGUUGAUUCUUAACCCCUGGAGUCCCAAAAUUCGAUGCUAAUUCUCCCCUCUUGCUGCUACACAUUUCCAUCAUCCUUAACAUGAAGUCACUUGUCUCAGUUUUGAUAAUUGUGGCUCUGUAGUCAUUGUAAUCAUGUUAUCUUGUUUUGGGUAAUAUUGCCAGCAUACUUGAAUGUUACAAUCAAUGAUUUUCCUUCACAGCAGAACAGAGGCCUUUCCCAAACUUAAAUGACAUGCGCAGUGUCUUACCAAAUUUUCCUCCACAUUGUGACCCCAGAAAGAAAACUGAGUCUGGUAGUACAGUACCACCCUACCAACCUUGGACUUCAUCAAAUCCAAGCCUUCCACUUUUCUCGCCCCCACCAAAUGUCACUAGCGGUUUGGAUCUAUCCAAUCAAAGACUUCCACCUUUCUCCAACCCACAGGCCACUAGGGGUGGUUGGAUUUCUGGUCAUCCUGACCCGACUGGUCUGCCAUCUCAAAGUGCUGCUCCAAUAUAUCAAGGGGCUAUAUAUGCUGACCCAAACCAUCCCUAUUACAGGCCUCUUUCUCCAGGCACUGGGCAAAAUCCCCCUCCUCACUCUUCAACUACAGCUGUUCCAUCUGUUAUUGCAUCUCAAAGACCUCUGGUGUCUCAAACUGUUGGCAAUGUAGAGCCCCAACAAAUUAUUGUUGCCUCAGGUUACAGUAAUCCUUCCCUUGUUAUCCCCUCAGCAUCUGGAGCAGGUCAGCUAAGUCGUUCCAGUGAUGCAAUAUAUCAAAGAUCACAAAGUGAUUCAACUCUUGUCAAUCCAUCUAGUCCUUAUCAUGUACAAAAGUCUCAACCUAGCAUAGACCAAUAUGUUUCCUAUCCUGGGCCACUUCCUCAAGGCACCAUGGUGAAUCCUUCUCCUCAGUCUUCACCUCCAGCUGUCCCAUCUGAGAGUGCAUCACAAGGACCUUCAGUGACUCCAAAUGUUGGCAAUGAAGUACUCCAAGCACCAACAGCUGCCUCAGGGUUCAGUAAUCCUCCCCCUUUUGUUUCCACAGCAGGUGUGGCAGGUCAGCAUAAUCCCAAUGAUGCAUCAAAUCAGAGGCUACAGACUGAUUCAACACUGACUGACCCAUCCCCAGGUCAUCCUGUGAAAAUCUCUCAACUCAGCAUUGAAAAUCCCUCUCUUCAAUCUCAACCUUCAGCUGCUCCCUCUGGAAGUGAGAUUGCAUCUCUGACAGACCACACUUCAACAGAUGCUGCAACACAGGAACUUCCUGGUUCAACCUCAAGACAGGUGAAGAAGCACCCUGCAUUAGAGGGGUCUGCUGGACUGGAUGCCGUAAAUCAUCCUCCCAAUGGAAACAUGCACAAAUUUUUGUAA